AUGGCAGCAGGAAACUAUUGCACAUUGCCUGAAUUCAUCCUGACCGGGCUCUCAAGGAAUCCAGCACUCCAGAUGCCUCUCUUUUUCCUCUUCCUAGGAAUCUAUGUGGUCACCGUGGUGGGAAAUUUGGGCAUGAUCACACUGAUUGGACUCAGUUCCCACCUGCACACACCCAUGUACUAUUUUCUCAGCAGUCUGUCCUUCAUUGACCUCUGCCAUUCCACAGUUAUCACUCCUAAAAUGCUUGUGAACUUUGUGACAGAGAAGAACAUCAUCUCCUACACUGGAUGCAUGACUCAGCUCUAUUUCUUUCUCAUUUUUGCCAUUGCAGAGUGCCACAUGUUGGCUGCAAUGGCAUAUGACCGCUAUGUUGCCAUCUGUAACCCCUUGCUUUACAAUGUAACCAUGUCCUAUCAGAUUUACGUUUCCCUGAUUUCAGGUGUGUAUAUUAUUGGUGUGGUUUGUGCAUCAGCUCACACAGGCCUCAUGCUCAGAAUACGGUUUUGUAACUUAGAUGUGAUCAACCACUACUUUUGUGAUCUUCUUCCCCUCCUGAAACUUGCUCACUCUAGUACUUAUGCCAAUGAAUUGCUGGUUCUGUGUUUUGGUACAUUUAACAUCGUUGUCCCAACCUUGACUAUUAUUACUUCUUACAUCUUCAUUAUUGCCACCAUCGUGCAGAUUCGUUCUAUUGAAGGCAGGUCCAAAGCCUUCAGUACCUGCAGCUCCCACAUCUUGGCUGUGGCUGUCUUCUUUGGGUCUGCCGCAUUCAUGUACCUGCAGCCAUCAUCAGUCAGCUCCAUGGACCAAGGAAAAGUCUCCUCUGUGUUCUAUACCAUUGUUGUUCCCAUGCUUAACCCCUUGAUCUACAGUCUAAGGAAUAAGGAUGUCAGUAUUGCCCUGAAGAAAGUUCUAGAAAGAAAUCAUUUAUGCAAACUGAGCUAA